AGCCUAGAGGACCAAUCACAACGAAGUGGAGGCAGGAACCAUAGGGGUUAAAGGUCGGACGGAAGUUCCCGAAGCUUCCGGCGGCCGGCUUCGUUGGGAACUAUGGCUAAACAUCAUCCUGAUUUGAUCUUUUGCCGCAAGCAGGCUGGUGUUGGUGAGACUGCGCCCUGCCCUCGGCUGUCUGGGUCGAGGAUGUACUUCCCCUCUUUGUCAAAACCUUUAAUUGUACUUUUUACUAUCUUUGAUCUUGCAGCCAUCGGAAGACUGUGUGAAAAAUGUGAUGGCAAGUGUGUGAUUUGUGACUCCUAUGUGCGUCCCUGCACUCUGGUGCGCAUAUGUGAUGAGUGUAACUAUGGAUCUUACCAGGGGCGCUGUGUGAUCUGUGGAGGCCCUGGGGUCUCUGAUGCCUAUUAUUGUAAGGAGUGUACCAUCCAGGAGAAGGAUAGAGAUGGCUGCCCAAAGAUUGUUAAUUUGGGGAGCUCUAAGACAGAUCUCUUCUAUGAACGCAAAAAAUAUGGCUUCAAGAAGAGGUGAUUGGUCAGUGGCCCCUUCCUUCCCCCCACAUCAAGCUGCUGCAGCUACCAGAAAAGAUGCCUACUACUACCAGCAGAAAGGGAGCAGAGCACAGACCAUCACCAGGAGUGUCUGCUAGUAUACUGGUAGCUUGCCACUCUCCUCUCACCCAGACAUGUGGUAUGGAUGGAAAAGGAUUCUUCAUAGAGCACUCUGGCACACUGUAUCAGAGAAAAAUUGAUAUAUUAGUUAGUAGUGCUUCUUCAAUUUGAGAAGCAAAGAUCUCUCCAUAUUGAUAUGUUCUUCCACAACCAAGAUCUUCUAAAAAGAAAGAAUAUUUUAGUCUUCUGCUUGAGGAGUUGACUGUGAAGCUAUGCCCAGUGAAAAACAUGUUCCUGCAGCAGCUCUGGUGGCAACUGUCUUUGAGGAAUCUUCGGUGUGUGGUGGGAAGCUAUCAGAACAAGAAAUGUAGGCAUUUACUCUUUAAACACUUGUGCUGGUGUUAUUUCCUUCUUAGAAAUUGGAAGCCUUUUCUGUUGCUAUUAUAUUAAUAAAGUUGGUGUUUAUUUUCUCGUA